UCAUUCUCUCUCUUUCUCUCUCAACUGGUUUUCUCCAAAGAUGAGUUUGGUGGCAGGGUCAUACGAGCGUUUCAUUUGGGGCUACAAACUGAACCGUUCACUAACCCUAACCCCACUCUUUUCCUUCCCCUCCCACCUCUCCACCAUCAAAACCGUCGCCGUCGCCGGCACCGUCGCGGUCUCAGGCGGCAACGACGACUGCGUCAAAAUCUACGACCUCGCCUCCUCUUCCGAGGUAGGAUCCUUCCACCACUCCGCGUCCGUCACAUCCGUCGCCUUCUACUCCCCACCUUCCCUCUCCUCCCUCCCGCGGAACCUCCUCGCAGCCGACGCCGAUGGCUCGGUCUCCAUCUAUGACGCCGACCCCUUCGUGCUGCUCAAAUCCGUCAAAAUUCACAAAAAAUCGAUCAAUUCGAUGUCCGUGCAUCCCUCGGGUAAGAUAGCGCUGACCGUCGGCCACGACCAGUGCAUGGCGCUGGUCAAUUUGGUGCGAGGAAGGCGGAGCUUCUACUGCAAGAUCGGCAAAGAAGCGUCGCUUGUGCAAUUCGAUGAAAGCGGCGAUAGAUUUUCGAUGGUUGUCGACGAAAAAGUCAGUAUUCAUGAAGCGGAGGAUGCAAAGUUGAUUGUCGAGCUGGAUAAUACGAAGAAAGUCCUCUGUGCUGCUUCCGGCGCUAAUGGCAUACUGUAUACUGGUGGGGAAGAUAGGAACAUCUCUGCCUGGGACACAGCCAGCGGAAAAUUGGCUUACAGUAUUGAAAAUGCUCACGCAGCUCGUGUCAAAGGCAUUGUUGUGCUAUCUAAGAGCAGUGCUGAUUCAAGGGCGGAUAAUCCUUAUAUAGUGGCAUCUGCGUCAUCUGAUGGUGUAAUACGCGUCUGGGAUGUGCGAAAGGCUGCUGAUGGAAAGCCCUUGAGUGAGGUCCAUACCAAAUCAAGGCUCACUUGCCUCGCUGGAUCAUCUAUUAGAUCUUUGAAACUGCCGCCCAAUGAAAAACCGAACACGGAUGAAAAUCUAGAUGCAGCUGUAGAAUCAUAGUUGAAUGUUUACUUUCAUUUAUGUUACCUCCUCUCUCUGGUAUGAUUGUAUGGUUAGUUUUUAAGACAAUCACAGGAACAUGAGUACCUCAAUUUUGCAGUUGAAUUGGAAUAUUUGUGUAUGUAUUAGUACAUCUUAUGAAAUGUGAUGGUCAAGUGGUGCAAGGUAA